GCUGAGGGGUCAGCUCUUUAGAACCUUGCUGCACGGGUGCCCGAGGCUACCUUCGCUCGCGCGCGCGCGCUCUCUCUCUCUCUCUCUGGUCGCCACACCUGCUGCUACCUCCCCGUCGCGAUGAGCCGCGUGGUCUCGCUCCUGCUGGGCGCUGCGCUGCUCUGCGCCCACGGAGCCUUCUGCCGCCGGGUGGUCAGCGGCCAAAAGGUGUGUUUUGCUGACUUCAAACAUCCCUGCUACAAAAUGGCCUAUUUCCAUGAACUAUCCAGCCGCGUGAGCUUCCAAGAGGCACGCCUGGCUUGUGAAAGUGAGGGAGGAGUCCUUCUAAGCCUUGAGAAUGAAGCAGAACAGAAGUUAAUUGAGAGCAUGUUACAAAACUUGACAAAACCAGGAACAGGGAUUUCUGAUGGCGAUUUCUGGAUAGGACUUUGGAGAAAUGGUGAGGGACAAGCAACUGGAGCUUGCCCAGACCUCUACAGGUGGUCUGAUGGAAGCAUUUCCCAGUACAGAAACUGGUAUACUGAUGAACCUUCCUGUGGAAGUGAAAAAUGUGUAGUAAUGUAUCAUCAACCUACAGCCAAUCCUGGACUUGGGGGUCCCUAUUUGUACCAAUGGAAUGAUGACAGGUGCAACAUGAAGCAUAAUUACAUCUGCAAAUAUGAACCAGAGAUUAAUCCAACUAUUCCUGUAGAGAAAACUUAUUUUACAAACCAACCAGGAGAUACCCAUCAAAAUGUGGUCGUCACUGAAGCAGGUAUAAUUCCCAAUCUAAUUUAUGUUGUUAUACCAACAAUUCCACUGCUUUUACUGAUACUGGUUGCUUUUGGAACAUGCUGUUUUCAGAUGGUCCAUAAAAGUAAAGGAAGAACAAAGACUAGCCCCAAUCAGUCCACACUGUGGAUUUCAAAAAGCACCAGAAAAGAAAGUGGUAUGGAAGUAUAAUAAAUC